AUGCCAGAUAGGUCUGUUCCCGAUAUCCCUGGUACCAGGUGUCUUCCAGAUGUGGAAGCAUACCUCAAGCAACAAGUUGCAAUGAUUUUGCGUACUAGGCCUAAUCACUUUCCUGGAUCGCAACCUGUUUCCUUUGUAAGGGAGCACUUGACUAACAAUUUACUAAAUAAAGACUACUUGGUUUGUGAGAAAAGCGAUGGUCUACGUUGUUUGCUAUUUGUUCUUGUUAAUCCUGAGACCAACGAGGAAGGUACAUUCUUAAUUAGUCGGGAGAAUGAGUUCUAUCAUAUACCAGACUUCCACUUUCCAAGAUCAAAAAAAGAUUUUCAAUCGAGCCACAAUGGUACAAUUGUUGACGGGGAGCUAGUUUAUUCAACUAACCCAAUCACGAAGGUUAAGGAGAUAAGAUAUCUGAUAUUUGAUUGCUUAUCUAUGGAUAUGACGAGUGUGAUGCAUAAAAAUCUCUGGAAAAGACUAUAUCAUGCCCAGCAUGAAUUUCAUGCACCGUAUUUAGAGUUACGUCGGAAAUUCCCCGAUGCUUGUGCAAAUUGGGUAUUCAAAUUGGACUUUAAAAAUAUGACACAACCAUUUAAAAUUCACAAGAUUUUCAGUGAAAUGAAAAAUUUAACUUAUGUGUCAGAUGGAUUGAUCUUAACUUGCUGUGAUACACCAUAUAUUUCAGGAACAGAUCCUACACUACUUAAAUGGAAACCAGCAGAGGAAAAUACAAUUGAUUUCAAAAUAGGCUUAGAGUUCCCGACUUUUAUUGAUGAGGAUUUACCGAAGCAUGACCCGAAUAGAGAAUACACGAAUUAUGACGUGAAACCCAAAUUUAAACUUUAUGUUUGGAAAGGUGGUGAUGAUCCAUUUAAAAAUGAAACGGUUGAGGAAAAUAUCAAAAGAAAUGGUGGUGAGUAUAGAAACACCUUUUACAAUUAUGAAGCAUGGAAUGAUUUAGAGGUCUCUGAUGAACAGUGGGAAAGGAUGAAGAACUCUGGCGAGUCAUUCAAUGGUCGAAUUGGGGAAUGUAGGCAAACAGCUAAUGGUAAAUGGGAGUUAUUAAGAUUCAGAGAUGAUAAAUCCAAUGGUAAUCACAUAAAUGUCGUCUUGAAGAUUCUCAAAUCUAUUGAAGACUCUGUCACAAAGGAAGAGAUUGUAGAAAUGGAACCUCAAAUCAAGGCUAGAUGGGAAGAGCGAGAUGCAAUGAAGAGAAAAGCACAGCAACAGCAACAACAUUUUGUCCAAAAAGCAGGUCACAGUAACCAACCACACGCACAACCGCAACAUCAUCAUCAGCAGCACCAACCACACAAGCAACAACCACCAGCUCACCUAGUACCCGAGAAGAGAAGGGCGGAAGAGGAUCAUCUGAAUAACGCUCCAUACAAGAAGGCUGAUAGCAAGCCGGAUGUGCAAAAAGAUGUGAACACUCGAAGCAAUGAUGAUAAUGAUGAUGACGAAGAUGAAUUUUACCAAUCUGAUGGAUUUGAGACUUGA